GAAAGAAAAUUGCUGAACUGAAUACAUGAAUUAAUUUGCCUACUGAAAUGAUUAAAAACAACCUAAUUCUACUGAAAUCUGUGUUGAAAUUUGAAAUCUGGAAGUAGAUUGUAGAGAAAAUAAAAUUUAAAAAUUUGCAAAUGUUUUGAGUGAGGCUGGCCUUCUGUUUCUUCUUCCAAAAUUUCUUUUUUGUUCUCUUUGUGCCGGCAAUAACUUCCACUUUCUGCAGUUACUCAAUCAUGGGUAGUUUCUUGAAGUAGUGGAACAACUCACAUUUUGACCUGAUCUAAUCUCUUUGCAGAUUUCGCCACCUGUACUCUUAUCAGAUAAAACCCCCUUUUUAACUGCAAUCUUCUCCUAUUUUUCAACUCCCAUUAUCCCUUUCUAUCUCAAGAAGAUAAUUACUCCAUAAAAAAUUAUCUUUACCUCUCCUCUUUUGCCAACACAAAUGCUGAUCUGUCAUGGGUUUCUCAUAUCCCUAACAUGUAUUGACUUUGCACCUAAUGGUGGUCUUAAUCCUCCCCACACUCAUCCUCAUGGAACUGAGAUUCUAGUAGUCCAAGGAGGCACACUAUUUGUUGGCUUUGUCUCGUCUAAUCAAGAUGGUAAUCGUCUCUUCACCAAAGUGCUGAACAAAGGAGAUGUUUUUGUUUUCCCUAUUGGUUUGAUUCACUUCCAGCUCAAUAUAGGGGAAACUCCUGCUAUUGCCUUUUCUGGUUUGAGUAGCCAAAAUCCAGGCACAAUCACAAUUGCAAAUUCUAUUUUCGGAUCAAAUCCACCCAUUGAUCCUGAUGUUCUUACUAAGGCCUUCAUGCUGGACAAGAAUGUCAUUAAGUAUCUCCAGUCUCACUUCUAAAGGAAAAAAAUAACAGUUAGUUAGGAAAGACUUAAACUAGUCAUGUUUCAAUACUUGCUUGUCUGGACUGUGUUGGAGUGCUAUCCCUCAAUUUGAUUACUGAUUCCACAUGAUACCUUAUUUACUACUAAAUAAGAGGUUGUAAUAAGAGGUUGCUUAUAGCUCAAUAUAUACAAUAAAGAAGUUCGCCUAUUGCUUAUUAAAUAUUAGCCUUGUAUGCUUACUAAAAAGAAUUGUUUCCCAUGCUUGAAAUACUGCAUUACAACAUAGGCUUAAAUAAAUUCCCUUUGGUGGAACUAGGCGUUUACCUCCACUUAGAGUGAUUACGCUUGCCAAGGUUUGCCUCUAAUCCAAUUUUUAUGGUUUUUUCUUUAAUUAUAAUCGACACUACUUAAAUGCUUAGACUUAGUUUUGUAUGUUUGUGAUUUUUGGUUUUUGGUUUUAAUUUAUAAAUUUUGCAACUCUAAAUACCAAUUACCAAGGCCCCGAGUACUGCUAAUGUGAAGCCUUACUGAGUACCUAAUGCAUGAUUUUGCCAGGUGUCUUCAUCCAAUUGUUGAUUCUAUUGAUCUGAAAAUUAAGAAAAUUCCAAAUUAAAU